AACUUUGAUACGCCUGACUGUAUACCGAAGUCACUUGGGCCUGCUUGUUCUCCUAGCUUCUUCCUAUCGCAUCACGCGGUGCUGCACCUGAGCGGCACGGAGCGGUCUUUGCUGUUGAGUGCUUCGAGAAUCGAGCUCGCCCGGGGUAUAAAAUGGCGGCUAUGUGGAUUUGGGACGGGGCAGCGGACGGGCCGUUUACGAUGAUCUGGAGCCUCCUCGUUUCGCUUCUAGCCUCCUUUGCUGCGCGCGAGGUCGUUAAUGGCCAAGCUCCCUCGGGACUUGCGCCGAAGAAGUUUUUGAGCAUCCCGCUGGGGAAUGUGAAGCCUGCAGGAUGGCUGCACGACCAGCUUGUAGUGCAGAGCAAUGGCCUUGCGGGCCAUGAACACGAGUUCUAUGACUACGUUGCGCAGACCGACUGGACAGGCGGAAAUUCCUUCUAUUCCAACUUGGAAGAAGCCGGGAGCUAUUGGUUUAACGCUAUGGUCCCGCACGGUGUUCUCCUGGACGAUGCGAACGUCCAGUCCGAAGUGCAGCAAUUCCUCGACUACGUCCUCGACCACCAAGACUCUACAGGCUGGCUCGGGCCCGAGGUCAACACCACGAAGCCGCGCUUCCUCUGGGGGCGGUACCCCUUCUUCUUCGGGGCGAUCCAGAUGGUCGAGGCCAACCCGGCGCUCGCGACGAAAGUGGUGCCUGCGCUGCACAAGUUCGUCGCGCUCGCGAACACGAUGCUGCACAACAACGGCGAGGGCGUCGAUGACUGGGCAGCGACGCGCUGGGAGGACUUCGUGAUGACCCUCCAGUGGCUGUACGAAUUCCACCCCGAUGGGCAGGAGGAUCUCUUGAUCGACACAAUGAAGAUGCUCAAGUACACGGGAGACCCGUGGGAGGACGUCUUCAAAGAGGAGUUCUUCCCCAAGACCGCUGUGGAGAACCUCCCGAACCCUUUCCCCGUUCUGACUUGGCACGGUGUCAACAUGGCAGAAGGCCUGAAGGCGCUUCCGGCGACGUACCGGUUUACACACAACCAGUCUGACCUUGACGCUGCGAGCAAGGGGUGGGACUUGCUGUUCCAGUACCAUGGUCGACCCUCUGGUAUCUAUGCAGCGGACGAGUACCUGGCUGGCUUGGAGGCUAUUCGAGGAACCGAGCUUUGUCUCGUCGUGGAAACGAUGUUCUCUGGUUCCUUCUUGUACCAGGUGAUCGGCGACCCCAAAUUUGCGGACAGGGUCGAACGGAUCACGUACAACGCCCUCCCUGCUACUCUCACUGGAGAUAUGUGGUCUCGCCAGUACCUGCAGCAGCAAAACCAAAUUGCUUCGAAGAACAUGUCACCAAACCCAUUCCCGAACGACGGAGCCUACUCGAAUGUCUUCGGCCUAGAGCCGAACUAUCCCUGCUGCACCGUGAACCACCCGCAAGGGUGGCCGAAGUUUAUCAGUAACGCCUUCGUGACAUCGCCGGACCAGACGUCGCUCGUGCAGGUCUAUCUCGGGCCCUUCAGCGUUAACACCACUCUCGCAAACGCGAACAAAGUCUCCGUCACGGUGGACACGCUCUACCCGUUCGGGGACACGCUCACCACGACGAUCAGGGCGGCGAAACCAUUCACCUAUCAGGUCCGCAUCCCGAGCUGGGUCAGCAAGGGGACCAUCGCGAUCAACGGAGGCGCAGCGCACGCCGUGGCCCCCUCCAACGGUCUCCACGCCGUCUCCGUGCCCGCCGGAACGACGAAGCUCGUGCUCAAUCUCCCGGCGGACAUUACCACUGAAUCGCGCCCGCACGGAAGCAUCGCGGUGCACCGCGGUCCGCUGCAUUACGCGUUUGACAUCUCGCGCAGCCAGAAGGUGCUCGCGCGCAACGCACAGCAGCCGCUUGCGGUCGACCUCGAAUUCGACGCCACGGAAGCGUGGCAGUACGCGAUCGACCCGGCCACGCUGGUCUUCCACGGCGCGGCGCCGAAGGGCGGAAGCCUGCCGUCGCCCGUUUUCGACUCGGGGCUGCCGCCGUUCACGAUUACGGCGACGGCGUGCCCGAUCUCGUGGGGUGUGGCGGGCGACACAUUUGCGGCUGCUCCGCCGACGAACCCGGCGUGCACGGGUCCGGCUACGAACAUCACACUGUGGCCUUUCGGGGCUACGAAGCUCCGUAUCGGAGAAUUCCCUACCUUCAAGUCUACCUGAACCGUGAAAUAACCUGCCCUAUAUGUGAAGCACUGGCGGAGUCAUUAUCCGCGUUGUUUUUGAAGGAUCCAUCGUGUAACGAUAUAACCUUUAUCGAAUCAUUACGAGCACCACCAGCUAAGCCCC